AUUUUGUAUCCCAUUCGAUCUCACUUUCUGGCUUCUUAGUUCUCUCAUACACUUCUUGAGCAUCUCUCUUGCAUUCUUAAUUUGGAUAGUGAAAUCAUUUGGGUUUCUGUGCUUCUUGGUGUGUGUGCGCUUAAUAUCUGUGUCAGUGAUUCAGUUCGUUGCAGCACGAUUUGAACCACCCUCCUCAUAACUUGGCCUUCCACCCAUUUUUUCUCUCAUCUAAUAUCCCCAGAUUUUGAGUAUAUAUACUCCAAAAACUUUUAAGACUUUCUUACACAAAAGGCUUCUGCUUUCAGUACAAAAAUGGGUACUGUUCUUCCCCAACACCAGGCUUUUGAUGUUUCUGUGGAUGUGCAACCACAGAGUGGCUCGAAGUGUUUCGAUGACGAUGGCCGUCUCAAACGAACUGGAACUGUUUGGACUGCAAGUGCUCAUAUUAUCACCGCUGUGAUUGGUUCUGGUGUGCUGGCCUUGGCUUGGGCCAUAGCUCAACUUGGCUGGGUUGCUGGUCCUGCCGUGAUGCUCUUGUUCUCUUUUGUCACUUACUACACAUCUAGUCUUCUCUCUGCUUGUUAUCGUACCGGUGAUCCUGUCACUGGCAAGAGAAAUUACACUUACACAGAUGCUGUCAGAUCCAACCUUGGUGGGUUCAAGGUGAAGAUUUGUGGGUUUGUUCAGUACUUGAAUCUUUUUGGAGUUGCUAUUGGCUAUACUAUAGCAUCAUCUAUAAGCAUGGUGGCUAUAAAGAGGUCUAACUGCUUCCACAGCAGUGAUGGAAAAGAUGAAUGCCAUGUGAACAGCAAUCCUUAUAUGAUUGCUUUUGGCAUUGCAGAAAUCAUAUUCUCCCAAAUUGAAAACUUUGAUCAGCUAUGGUGGCUCUCCAUUGUUGCUGCUGUCAUGUCCUUCACUUACUCCUCUAUUGGACUUGGCCUUGGAAUUGGGAAAGUUGCAGAAACUGGAACAAUUAGGGGAAGCAUGACUGGAAUAGACAUUGGAACAGUGAUUGGGACUCAAAAGAUAACUGAGACUCUAAAGAUAUGGAGGAGCUUCCAAGCACUUGGUGACAUAGCCUUUGCCUACUCCUACUCUCUCAUCCUGAUUGAAAUUCAGGACACUGUCAAAUCCCCACCGUCCGAAGCCAAGACGAUGAGGAAGGCGACUCUAGUCAGUGUGGCAACCACAACCCUUUUCUACAUGCUGUGUGGCUGCAUGGGCUAUGCUGCUUUUGGGGAUGCAUCCCCCACAAACCUCCUCACCGGUUUCGGUUUCUACAACCCUUACUGGCUCAUUGACAUUGCCAAUGCUGCCAUAGUCAUCCAUCUUGUUGGUGCCUACCAAGUCUUUGUCCAACCCCUCUUUGCUUUUGUUGAGAAAUCAGCAGCAGAGAAGUACCCAGAUAGCCAAUUCAUCACCAAAAACAUCAAAAUCCAAAUCCCUUGUGUCGGUCUUUACAACCUCAAUAUGUUCAGAUUGGUGUGGAGGACACUGUUUGUGAUCACAACCACUGUGAUUUCCAUGAUCCUUCCAUUCUUUAACGACGUUGUUGGACUUCUUGGCGCUUUGGGAUUUUGGCCACUCACAGUAUACUUCCCAGUGGAGAUGUACAUUGUCCAGAAGAGGAUUCCAAAAUGGAGCACCAAAUGGCUUUGCCUCCAAACCCUAAGUGGUGCUUGCCUCAUAAUCUCCAUAGCUGCUGCUGCUGGCUCAAUUGCCGGGGUGCUUUCCGACCUCAAGACCUACAAGCCAUUCCAAUCCAGCGAUUGAUUCAGCAAAACUUUUAACAGUCAUCAUUACUCAGCAUUUAGUCUUUCCGUUCCCGGUCUAGCUACAGUGGUAAAAAGUAUUUACCCUCACUCGAGAUCAAAGAUCUACUUUGUAACAGAAAAAAGAAGAAGAAGAAGAAAGAAUUGGUCCUUAGGAUUUCAAUUCUUGUUCAUGUUGAUAAUGAUGCUUGCAUAUAUAGAGUUGUUUUAAGUA